ACUAGCAACAUAAACAGUUGUUCCCAGGGAGCUAACGUCUAACGGUAGGAGGUAAGCUAACCCUGCUCCGGUUUAAACGGCACUUGUUUUUUUAAUAUUCACGGUUAUCUGAAAGCACAAAACCCCUGAGAUGUGAGAUGCAAUGGCGGUAAUGAGUCGUACGUCGGACUUGGCGAUAGUUUUUGAGACCGGAGCAUCAUGUCGAGGACGGAAAACAAGUGAAACAUGGAGAGCUGUCCCGCUCACUCUGGACUGAAAACAUGGGAGCAAGCGCUUCGGUGUCGCUCUGUAACGACCCAUCUUCAGUGAGUAUCCUGAGAUCCACUGCUAAGGUCAGCCCAGAGCCCGUUACUCCCACCCUGGUUUCAGAGCCUGAACUGGCCACCAGGUGCGUGUUUGGUGUUACCUUGGAAACACUGAGGGAAGCCGGGCAGAUGGUUGGAGGAAUACCCUUUGUGCUAAGAGACAUGGUUGAGUUCCUGGAUAAGAAUGGAAUCGAGCACAGAGGUCUGUUCCGUCUGUGUGGCUCAGUGGUGCGUACCAGACAGCUGAGGCAGCGAUGGGACAGCGGAGAGAGGGUGGACCUGGAGCACGAGCAAGAUGUCCCCACUGUUGCCUCACUGCUUAAACUCUUCUUCCGGGAGCUGCCCACCCCCAUAAUUCCCGAACCAGAGCGGAAACAGCUGGUCCUGAGCCUCAGAGGAUAUGCGGAUGAAGCAGAGAUGAACCAGUCUCUGAGAGAAAAUCUUUGCCACCUCCCUGCUGACAACCACAUUAUUUUGUCUUACCUCAUCCACUUCCUGUCCAGAGUCGCCUCACACAGCCAAUCAAAUCACAUGCCUGUGGAAAAUCUGGCAACCAUCUUUGGGCCUUGUAUAUUCCAUGUUGCAGCAGGACCCAGGAUGCUGGAGGAGCAGAGUGUGUGCAAUGCCCUGUUGCUCCAUCUUCUUAUGCAUCAGGACGUUCUUCUUCCAGCCGCAGCUGAGGACACAGUGGCCUCCUCCAUCGCCUCCUCCUCACCCCCUCCUCCUACUCUUUCUGCUCUUUCACACUUUGAGGUCCGACCCAACAGCUGUUGCUCGGAGCGGAGUAGUGUGGAAAGAUUGGAUGGAGAGACCACCUCAUUCUCAGUGACGUGUGCUUUUAACCAAAUCAAUAAUCAAUCACAACCCAACAGUCCUGACACCCUGGUGCAGGGCUGUGAAACAAUCUCUGACGUCAGCACUGACAUUCAGAAGCUGAUUCCAGACCAGAAGGCUGUGGAGGAGAGCGGUGCAUGUACAGAGACAGGCUGCGUGCUGUCCUGCCCUGCUGACCCGGGGUCAGAGCAACACGAGCACCAGAGCAGACCAUCUCAAAGCAUCCAGGGAGAACCAGCGGAGUUGGAGUGUACCACACGAGGGCUAUUUUCAAAUUACAAGAAGCCACUCUGUACCUCCAUGUCGCAGGAGAAAGAGGAGGAACAAGUAGAAGAGGUAGAGAAAAGAAGACCUUCCUCAUCCACUGAGGACAACAGUUCAACGGCUUCCACAGAUACAGCGAAUGGAUCACAGCGUAAAACCCAAAGACCGACGGAGAGCGUGCCGUGCUGCACGGAGUACCAGACAGAAGACAGAACCACAAUGCCCGAGUGGAAGGGGAGAAGAGGAGGAGGAGGAGGAGGAGGAGGAGGAGGAUGUGGUGGUUCUCAUGACAGACACAAUGAUUGCAGAGGCAGGAACAACAGCCAUGACAGCCCUUCUCUCAAGCUACAAGCCCUGGAGGGUGACUUGGGAUCCCUGCCACCAACGGGAGACCCCGAAGCUCAGGAUAACCUACCUGCCCAGCAGCAGCAGCCUCUUUCUACUGAAGAGCAGAGUCUGACCCACAAGCUGCUCCUCCACCUGCCACCCUCGCCACCAGCUCAGGAUCAGCAGACGCUCGAGUCAUCACAAGCUGUUGACACUCCGUCCCCUCAUUCAUCAGCAUCCAGUCCCGUCCUCUCCACUGCCUACCUUCUCUCCGAGAGGAUUUCAGGAAACGACACCCUGCCGAGCCCACCGGGCACUCACACCAGCCCACUCCUCUCCCGUUUUACCAUGAGCGACUGCCCUGUUCCCUCGCCGCGCUGCCCUAACCUCACUCACAGCCUGCGCUACAACCUAGACCCUGAUGCAGCCCCAUCUCCACCGUGCUCACAGCCCAUACGCAUGGCUCGCAGCAGUGUUCAUACAGAGCCAGACGAGGGCUCUGUGUCCAUCUCAAUGCUCAACAGACACAUUCACACCCUGAGGAAGAGGAUCAGGCGUUUUGAGGAGCGUUUUGAACAGGAGAAGCACUAUAAGCCAGCCCACAAUGACAAGACAGCACAUCCAGAGGUGGCCAGACUGAUGAAGGAGCUCAUCAAGAGUCGCAAACAGCUUAAAGAGCUGAAGCUGAGACAAUCAGAAGAAGGUGUUCUGAGAGGACAGGGAGGCUCCAACCCAUCAGCUGAAACAUGCAGGACCAACACAGACCAGAGGGAGGCAGCACUAACGGGGACUGAACUGCAGCAACUUAACAACAACAGCAACUCCAAGCCAAAUGUGGAGGAAACGGUCAACGUUAUAACCAACAGACUGAAGGAAAGACGACGAGAGCUGGGCCUGCCUGACAACAUCAAGGAGAUGUCCCAUUUCCAGAUGACGAUGGAGAAGACCAGCCUGCAGAAGUGUUUGCUCUAUUUUGAGGGUCUGCACGGACGACCGAGUACCAGGCAGGAGCGGACUCUGAUGAAACCUUUCUACGAUCGGUACCGCCUUGUUAAGCAGCUGCUGCUUUCCUCCGCUUCUGCAAAGGUCAUUCCGACCAUUGAGGAAGAGGACGGCUCCGAUGAAGAGCAUCCCAAACAGCGGAGCCCCAGGCCGCAGCCUCUCUGGGUGAAGUCUCCCAGGUGUUUGUCUUCAGAUGAGUCGCUGCAUCUACCUUCUCUGGAAAUGUCUGAAACACCUCUGGUGUCCCCGCUGGAGGAGGUGAAGAGUUUUCAGCCGCAGAUCGUCACCAUGGCAACACUACAUGAAGCUUCCAGACAGGAAUUACUGGAUCACCUCAGGAUGGCACGAUCAGAGAAACGCAGGCUUCACCAGGCGCUCCGAGAGUUUGAGGAGCAUUUCUACACACAGACCGGCAGGACUUGUCAGAAGGAGGACCGUGGACCAAUGGCGGAGGAAUACUGCCAGUAUAAGAACCUCAAAGCAAAGCUCCGUCUACUAGAGGCCCUGCUCAGUAAACAGCAAGACUCAACCAAGACCAGUUGAGUUAACUCACAGUGGGACUUUUGUCUUAGUUAACAAUCGUUUUUUUGGAAAAUCCGAUUGUGAAGCCGGUGGGCCUGGUCUUGUUUCAUGCCAUGCUCAUUGAAGUUGAUGCACUUUACAUGAAGAAAACUGAUGGAUCUUGGUGGCAAUCUGAGUUAAACUGCAGAGUUUUUAUAGUCCCCAAAAACACAUCCCUUGUCAUUUAUGACUUAUCCUAAUAUACACUUGAUGUAGCAAAUGUAUCUAAUGUAGCACUAAUUUAUGUCAAGGAUGAGGAGCUGUAACAACUUUAUGUUAGUUACAUUAGUAAAGAUUACUGUACAUAUAUUAUGGCACUUUGUUACUCGCUUUUCUAUCGGUGCCAAAAUACAACUCUUGCACAGCUUUGUCCAUAGUUAAUGUGGAAACUGCAUUUUUAAAAAGUGCUAUCUUGGCAAAGAAAUGUGUAAGCUUAAAUGCAGUCAAUGAGACAAUCCUGUAGUUUUUGUGCAUGUCAGUUUUUUUUUUUUAGUCCUACAUUGUGCUAUGAUAGGUAUUAAGAAUUUCAUAAUUGAUCAUCGCCUUGGAAAAAAGUGUGAACGCUGGCAUCGUAGUGCAAGUUAUAUCUGCUGUCAAAUUUGCGUUUAUCCCCCCUGUUUGACCUGUAUGAAGUUAAUGCAGUUGUUGACAAUGAUCAGAGCUUUUGACAUUGUGCACUUCUGGUUUAUAUAAUUUUCUAUAUAUAUAGAUAUGAAUGUAUCAAUAAAAAUAAAUAUUUUUUCACA